UUGUAAAUAAAUAAGAUAAUUUUGUUCUAUAUUAUUUAUCCUCGCAAAAUAAAAAUCGUAGGUUGUUGUGAUCAGUACUACAUUACACGGCAACAGUUGUUACAAUCUACGCCACGAUGUCCACCACCAAGGAAAACCUCACCCUCCUUUUCGACCGACCGCUCGAGCCCGUCUUUAUGGCAAAGGGUCCCAAGAAAACCGUCUUCGAAGUGACCGAAGAGUACUUCAACGUCAACCCCCGCUACAAGUCCAAGGCACCCCACGUCAGAAGCCGCUUCGCCGAAGACGACGAAGAGCGCAUCGUCGUCAAGAAGACCUCCAUCCCUUCGUUAGGCGAAUGCCUCGAAUUGGAGCGUGAUGAAAACUUUUCGCUGUUUAUUCCCAAGCACCGCGACAUCGCCGCCAAGCUCAUCGACAUCUUCAUGGAUAUCCCCAACGUGGAUGACCUCUUGUCCACAGCGGUGUGCGUUCGGGACUGCGUGAAUCCCUACCUAUUUAACUACGCGCUGUCCGUAGCCAUGCUACACCGACCGGACACCCAGGAUACCGAGCUGCCACCGUUCAUCACGUCCUUCCCCAACAAGUUCGUAGAUUCCAAGGUGUUCGCCAAAGCGAGAGAGCAGGCGAUGAUGAACCCCGGGAGCUCAAGGGAACCCAUCGAACUUCCCCAGACGGCGUCGGACCUGGAGGUGGAGCACCGGCUGGCGUACUUCAGGGAGGAUUUUGGGAUCAACUUACAUCAUUGGCAUUGGCAUCUGGUGUACCCGAUCAAAGCGACGAAAAAAAUCGUGGAUAAGGAUCGUAGGGGAGAACUGUUCUACUACAUGCACCAGCAGAUCAUCGCAAGGUACAACUACGAGAGGUUGUGCAACGACUUAAAGAGGACCAAGAAGUUGGACUGGACGGAGGAAAUUGAGGAAGCUUAUUUCCCUAAGCUGGACACUUCGUCGAACAGCAAGUCGUAUCCGGCGAGGGUUGUCAACCAAAGAAUCAGGGAUUUAAAUAGAAAAGAGGCGAAGCAAGAUGUUGAAGAUUUGAAGAGGUGGAGCGACCAGAUUUUUGCCGCCAUUCACCAAGGAAGUGUCAUCGACGAACGUGGGUGCAUCAUCAAUCUCACCGAAAGCAGAGGUAUAGAUAUCUUGGGUAACAUGGUCGAGCCUAGCAUCCUCUCGCCUAACCGUGCCUUAUAUGGGGAGCUACACAAUAUGGGUCACGAUUUCAUCGCAUACAUUCACGACCCGGACAAUCGCCACCUUGAAUCAUUCGGGGUCAUGGGUGAUACGGCGACGGCCAUGCGGGACCCAGUUUUCUAUAGAUGGCACUCGUACAUCGACGACAUAUUUCAAGAAUAUAAAGCCACUCUGCCCCGUUACAGCGAGAGCCAACUGAACUACCCUGGUAUCACCGUGAGCGAGAUCGAAGUCCAGUCGCAUAGAAGCCCCAACAACACUUUCAACACCUUCUGGCAACAAUCAGAAGUGGAUUUGUCCGCAGGAAUGGACUUUCAUGCUGAAGGCUCCGUUCUCGUGAGGUUCACCCACUUGCAGCACGAACCAUUUACAUUCAAGAUUAGCGUCAAUAACCAGUCCAACUGUAACAAACAAGGCACCUGCAGAAUCUUCCUUGCGCCGAAAUAUGACGAAACGGGAAAGCCAUGGUUAUUCAGAGACCAGAAGAUCAUGUUCAUCGAGUUAGACAAAUUCACCGUUGACUUGAAGAGAGGUCAGAAUAUCAUCACCCGGGCCCACCAUGAGUCCACGGUGACAAUUCCUUUCGAAAAAACGUUCCGUAAAAUCCAAGCAGGAGGUUCAGCUCCAUUCAACUUCUGCGGUUGUGGAUGGCCCGAUCACAUGUUGAUUCCAAAAGGGACUACGGAGGGUUUCGCCUCCCAGCUCUUCGUGAUGAUUUCCAAUUACGAAGACGACAAGGUCACACAAGAUCUCACGGGAGUGUGCAACGACGCUGGGAGUUAUUGCGGUAUCAAGGAUAAGUUGUACCCAGAUCGUCGUGCCAUGGGUUACCCGUUCGACAGGUUACCUAGAAAAGGGGUUGAUACACUUCAGGAGUUCUUGACUCCCAACAUGAAAGUCCAAGAUGUUACCAUUAAGUUCAACGAUAGAAUGAGCGCAGCUUAAUUAAAUAGAAUGCUAAAAUUUGUAGUUUGAGAUUUUUCUUGAACGGUUUAAAAGCAAUAAAAUUUAGAAGCUUG